AUGGACCAGAUCCUGAAUCGAAAGCCUAGACGCAUCAACGACUUCAGAGCGGAGUCGGAGAAGUGCUUCAGGGGCGACAAUCGGCUCUACCACAUCCCGCGGAUGUUGACGCAGCCUGAGGCUGCGAAGCUCACCGCCGGGGUCGCGCAGCGAGCGCAGGCCCUGCGGCGGCUAGUAAUGGAUGUGAACAGCAGGAAGGAGAUGAAAGUUGGACAGUUGAGCUGCGUGCGGAGUGGAGCCUUGCCUCGCGAUGUCUUCAAUCGUAUUGCAGCUCGAGCUGGCGAGCAAUGGACUCAGAAUCUGGUUCAGAACGAAGCGGAGUCCAAGAAGCUCUACUGGAACAUCUGGUAUGGUCCAGACAUCAUCCGCGGACCUGCCGAGGACGGCCAUGAGUUUUACGUGGUGGAGGACAACCUGGGCUAUGUAGGUGGCUUCGGAGACCUUCCCCUCGCGCGGCAGGUUCUGAUCGGGGAGGCCAAUGGCUCCAAAGGCUUUCCCGAGCUCAAGCCGCAUCUGGAGCCUGCCAACGCCGAGCGGCUUUACGAGGAGAUGGCCAAUCACUACAAGCGCCAGGUCGCUGAGGGUGAGAAGGUGGUGGUCUUGUACUACCACCGCUCAGUCCGGGACGACAACGAGGAUCGGCGGCUGGUGACUCUGUUGAGGCAGAAGGGUCUCGUGCCUGUGCAGCUGCCAGACGAGAAAGGCCCGCGAGAAGAUCAGCCCCGGCUGCUGGUGCGCCAUGGCCGCGUUCUUCUGGCAGCUCCAACAAAAAACACCCCCACGAAGCCUGCGAAGGAGAAGGAGGGUCCCGACAGAAGCCGAAGUCCGCGGCGGCGCUCGCCCGCGAAGCAGGUUUCGAACGAGGAACCGGUCGGGCUGGUCGUUCUCCUGUCCGAGCCCACGGAUGUCCAGCCGGGGCACCCCAGUACCAAGCUUCGAUCGGCGAUCGACGAGGCCCGAAGCCGAAUCAGCACCUACGAGGACAUGGAGAAGAAGGAGGUUAUGAAGGCUGCGCGCAAUGAGAAGUCAUUGAUCUCUGUCAAGUGCAAGGUUGACUUCACAGACUCGGAUGGCAACAAGAGCUCACUGCAGAUGAAAGCGGGCAAACUCAUCUGGACGUGGACAGACAAGACUAGCAACCAAAGCGAGCGCACUGACGGGCCCAUCAGGUACAAUGCUGGAACUGGCAGGUUAACCUUCGGUGACGGGUACCAUUACAAGCCAGACGCAGAAGGGUUGAAGAAGCUGGAGCAGGCCUGGCAGCUGAGCGACCACCCCAUCGAGGCGGAGCGUGCGCGGCGCUCGGCUGCCGAGCUGCGCGAGGCGGUGGAGUCCGUCGGCCAGGUGAUCGGGGAGCGCGACAGCAAGAACGCCCGAGAUCAGCUCUUCCGCGUCCUUCGCAGAGACGACAAGGAGGGGUGGCAGCGCCUCGUGGAGGGCAAGCAGGGGGUCCCUGGGCUCCUGGAAGCCUACUACAAGGGCCGGGUCAAGGUGGCCAAUGGCCCGGGAUUGAUCUUGGUGGAGGACAAGGAGCUCUGCUCUCACAUGGACAAGCUCAUCCAGCACUACCUUGGUGAGGAACCCCUGCUGCGCACGAUUCCAACACGGAGCUUCGCGCAAGAGCCUGGUCUGAUCCACUCCGUCUUCGAUAUUCCCAGCACACAGCCCAACGUCGUCGUGAAACGUGUGGAUGGGCGAGGAGGCAAUGCCGUUUGGGUCGGGGCGAAGCUGCCGCGCCAGGAGUUUCUGGCAGCGCGGUCGCUCGUGGCUGCUGAGCCCGAGGCGUUCAUCGUCCAGCGAUACACGGCCUUGUCCAAGGUGGAUGGCCAGAUCACAGACCUGCGCGGCCCGGCCUUCAUCACAAGCAGCGACGAGCCUCUCAGCGGAGGGCCAGGUGUGGCGGUCUCCCCGGUCUUGUGGGGCCGUGGGGUGCCGGCGGACAGCAGCAACGGGAAGGUCAACAUAUCUGAUGCCGGAUUCGAGUUCGCCGUGGCGACUGCCGCGUCGCGCUGA